GGGACGACGCGGCGGCGGCGAUGGAGGCGCUCUUUUCACAAAGGCGCUCUUUUCACAAAGAGCGCCUCGAAAUGCGCAUGCGUUUACUUUCAUUAUUUAUUAUUAUUUAAUCGCGCUCUGCAUUGUGAAACGCGGUCUUGUACAACACGGUUGGGAAGGGUGGUUCGCGCUUUGCAUUUUUCGAUUUUUGUUGUUCCAUUUUGGCCAAACCGCUUUGCGAUUGAAGCUGUAUUUGCGAUUAAGGCACCGCGUAACAACCCUCACGCAUCCACCACCACCAACCCUCCUCCUCCACCACCAACCCUCCUCCUCCACCACCACCAACCCUCCAUCAUCACCACCACCACCACCAUCCUCCUGCUCCUGGUGCGUUCGACGCGGCUCCGGCCGGGACGCGCUCAGUCAAAGAGGCGACAGCGGCGUUCAAUCCCCCGGGCGCAAUGGCCAGGCUGCUGCUGCUGGCGGCGUGAGUAGUACACCCGCGCGGAGAGGCUGUUUGUUUGCUCAUCGGGGACUUCAUUAAUUAUUCAUUAGUGGCGAUCGGCAGCAGCAGCAGCAAACCUCAUUCGUGAUGCCGCCGCCGCCGCCACCUACCAGCCCCGCGGACAGCUCCGCGCUUCGGGCGCCAUCCUCCCCGGCUCUGCUUCGUCUUCUUCCCUGGCUCCUGGUGACUCUGCUGGCUCCAGCUGCAACAGCCAUGCCGGAUCAAGUGCCAUUCCCAGCACAUAACGACACCUUGACCACCCAAAACUACUCAAUGUUGCGUCAGGUCAACAUGUCGUCUUCGCAGGAGACCAGCGGAAGCAACUUGAUGUCGGUGCUGUCCACCCCAUUGGAAACCACCCAACUGGAAGACUCCCACGGAAGGGCACCCAAAGUGCCUCUCAACACGUCCCCGUCAACGCCUGUCUACGUUCACGAAUUUCCAUCACCACCUGGUCGGAAUCAGUCGUCACCGCUUGCCACGGACCACAGUGUACCGACUGACGGAGCUGCAGUCAUGCCGGGUGCAACUACACAACCCCAAAAGAAUGCUCACAGUGAUGACAACCAAGGCUAUGUCUUUGGGAGCAGUGGAGAUGGGUCACCUACGGAAAACCCGCAGCACUUAAAAUUUUUUGAGAUGGUAAAUCCCGUGACCUCCAAAAUCGAAAGAAGUCCCGAAUUUGUCCAAGCAUUUGAGAAAGAUGAUUUGGUUGUGCAGGAGCUGCAGAGCUUUGAGAAAAUUGACAUCUCUGAGCCACGGCACGGCAAAGAAAGCAAUGAGGUCUACACAGUGAAGACAGAAGUCGUGACAGUAACUAGAGUAUUACCUAAAGACACUACCACCAGUGGCCUCUUGACUGAUGCCAUCACGAUCGCCAUUCCUCCAAUGCCAACGAAGCAGGAGGCUACAGAGCAAACUUCCGAGCCAAGUCUCACCGCUCAGGGGGAGGAGAGUUUUGGAAACCUGGAAGAUAUCAAACUCAAAACGAGUGCCAUCAAAACUGAAUCCGUGGAAGGUUUUGAACCUUACAAUGAAGGGUCUCUGAAUGUAGGGCUGCCGUUUAUUCGAAACACGGAGGUGAAAGAUGCCUUGGAAUCUACUGCAUUCACUGUCACUUUAAUGGAAGAAUCUUGGUUCAACAUGACUGAAGCACCCAGUUCAGAAGGUGAGGUUUUGUCAGAGGGAUGGAAAGGUGACGGGCUAGUUAACGUCGAUGACAAAGAUGCAUCACUUGUGGGAAAUGAAGACGCAAAUGAUCGCGCCACAAAUUCCAAGACACAAUUAGAAGCUCCCAAUGUUGGGAACUCAACUGAGACGUAUGCUGACUUUGGCGACGCCGGUGAGAUAUACGAUGGCGUUGACAGCAAAGGGACACUUCAGCUGGAAGAUUCAAGUAAGGACAGUGACAGUUACUGGAGCCGGCAAUCCACUGCAGACCCAGACCUUGAGGAUUCAAGGGAAUCGUGGUUCGUGACUACCGUGACGGACAUGCAGCCCAGGACACCUGAAGCGGAAGAUCUUGCUCCACAGAUAACGAGAGGACCAGCAGCGAUCGAUGACCACGAUGAUUACGGUGACGUUAAUAAUUUAACCUACGGAGAUGGAAGCCUAAACGCGGAGCCAACAAUGUCACAGAUCUCCAGCAGCAGCGGCCCGGUGGAUGCCAUUGCACCUUGGGACGAGGCCAAGUCGAAGGGCAAGGCGGUGGCAGCGUCGGAUGCUGCGAGCUCGUUUGAGCUGGUGGACGGAGUGAGGAAGUGCAGGCCGGGCUAUGCUCCACACAACGCCUCCUGCAUCUCCGUGUGCGCAACGACGCCCCACUAUUGCUACAAUAAUGGCCGCUGCUAUUUGGUGGAAAAUCUGGGAGCCAUAUGCAGGUGCUCGGCACAGGAGUACAGCUGGUACAAGGGCGCCCAGUGCCAGUCGGUGGUGACGGACUUCCAGGUGGGAUGCGUGGCGGUGGGCACCGCUCUGCUCGUGCUCUUCCUCAUCUUCAUGCUCAUUGUCUUCUUCGCCAAAAAGCUGCACUCGCUGAGCACCGAGAACCAGCAGCUGCGCACAAAGAGCCUGCCCAAGUGUCAGCUGGAGGUUGGAGCUGACAACUUCUCCUUGUCGACAGUGGCUGUGGAGUCCUGCAUGCCCCCCCCACCUCGCAAGAGCUGCCAAGAGUCGCCCAGCCUGCUGCCCAGUGCCCGUGCCCUCAACUAUUAUGACAACAUGCUGUGUACGGUACGACCUUACGAUGUCCCCUCUGGACGACCCGAGCCAGAAGCAGGAGAAGAACGGGGAGUCUGGGGCAAUCACUGUGGGGCACGGGAAGCCUCUGAACGCCAGCGCCUCCGCAGGGCACCCCCCGCACGUCCCGCACGCUAAACCCGAGAACACGUCCGACGACAAACCCAGCGAUAGCCGCUCCUUCCAAAACAACCUUGCCUGAAGGCGCGCCGGGUGGAGUAACCACGUGGCAACCGCGUGGUGCUUGCUCUCAAACCUUAAAACCCUCGCCUCCGAGCUCCAGGCAUCUUUUCAUGCACAACCACAACAACAGAGCGGAGUCUCUGGUAAGAUUUUAUCAUUUUGGAGUGGCAGCGGUGGUUCUUAAUAAUAAAGGUGUUAAGUACACGUCACCAGCAUUUAAUUUUAGGCAUUGUACGGUGCUUUUUAUUGGCAUUCACUGUAGUUACAUGCGUUUACAAGGUUGUGUGGCAGUUUUAAUACUGGUGUACAAAUAAUCCCAUCCCACUGGAAUUGAUGUUUCAUUGAAUCAUGGUUGUCAACCACGUACCAUACCCAUGUGCAAAUGUUGACGUUUAGUUUUAACCUAAGUUAAAGGAACCUCUUUGUGUUUCACUUCGUGACAGCGAAGGGAAACGCAACUCGUUAAUAAACCCGUUUCUUGCGAACUAUCGCACAAAGUAUUUUAGGGAAUUAUUUUAUUCACUCGGACUUUGCGAUCGCCCUUGAAUCACUUUAGCAUGCACUCUCUCUCUCUGUCAGUACGGAUCAAGCUGUGUCAAGAGCUUUAUACCUAAACAGAUUUCAGUUUAACACUUAGGCUUUUGCGACCAAUAUUAUUCAUAAACGUUUUUGGGUUAGGUUUACUGGAAAGUUUCUAAUGACAGAUUUAUCUGCAGAGGUAAACCACGAUAGAUUUAAAUAGAUGUUUUGCUAUAAAACUUAAAAGCAAUCUCCAAUUGUGUAACAAUAUUUGAUAAACGUUCAACUUUGCUAUUUUGUUCUACAACACAGGGCUUCACGAUGGCGAGCUGUUAACUACCUCGCCUGUUAUACAGGUUAUGGAUUCGAUCCCGACCGUGAUGUCUGUAUAUUUGGAGUUUGCGUGUCUCUCUCUCUCUUUCCUCGUGGUCGUGUGGAUUUUCUCCCGGGU